ACUACAUUGACGUAAGUUCAAACAAGGUGAUUUUUCUGUGACAAAAUAAUACGGAACAGGGUAAUCAAAUACACACUAAAAGGAACGGAUUUUUUGUUUCAGUUAAAAUGAAGGGGUUUCCGUGUUUGGUGUUGACAGUUUAUAUUUUAACUACCCAGGCUUCUGAAGAGGAUGAGAAUCUACGAUCAGAGCGGGUCAGAUCAAAAUCUAGGCGAUUCAAUGAUAGAGGUAUGCCGUUCGGAGGAAGUUCAGGGGGAAGUGGAGGAGGUUCCGAAAGUCCCUUUCAUAGCGGCGGAGGUAUGGGCGGGAUGUCGUCCGGAGGAGCGAUGAUGAAUGUCGGGCCUUUUGGUGGGGGACCUAUGGGUAUGGGGUCAUCCCAUAGUGGAGCCUUGUCGGGGCCAAUGAGGGGACCAAAAGCGCCCGGAAAUCCGGCGUUGGGAGGGCCCUCGUCUACAGGACAUGGGAUGUUCAACGCCGAAGGUUCUAACUGUAUACGUCAUCGAAUUAUGUGUCCCGAAUGGUGUCGCAUCGUGGAUGAAAAUGGAUGUCAUUCAUGUCCUUGUGGGCCAGGUAAUCUUUGCCUAUGA